UUCUGAGAGAGACGAGUUUGUUUUUUUACAACGGAUAGGUAAGGGCAUUCCCGCACGUACUCAUUGUGCUGGAAGUCGAUUAAGUUCUGUCGGUUACUGCCCAAGGAGACUCUUGAAGGAGGCGGCGGCUGGUUGGCGACCUUCGCGUCUUCGCUUUGGGUGAGAUCCGUAACUCAUGGCGAACAGCGGUGACGGGGAUUCGAAGGUCAGGGAACCACAGAGAUCCCAUUAUUACAAGGUGUUCCGGUACGGGGAAAACGGGUCUGCCGAAGAACAUUACCUGGAGGUUCUGCGGGACGAUAGGCGACGAGCGAGGACCACUUGUGAAAGGCUGGCUCCCCACACUGGCUCUCGCCUGGCGGAUCGCAUUCGUGCUUUCAACCGACGGGCUGCAGAAGAACAAGGUCGUCAACGCUUGAAGCAGUCUUCAGACGCCGCCCAGUUGCAGGCCAAUUCACGAGUCAAGUGUCGUGGUAACAGAAGGACCCGGAGCGAAACGUCGCCAGGCGCGCACCACCAUGACCAGAACGAAAGCGUCGGUGGUGAGCCGGUCGCCAAUGGGUGCUACACGGAGCGCCGUUACCUCCUGGACACGAGACGCCACUCCACGGACAGGUGUCACGCCAGGCUCUCCAUAGAGAUGUCUGUGACAGACCCUGCUGUUGUGCCGGUACAAAACCAGCUGCUGCUCAGCGCGCUCCAAGCUCUCUUCAUUCCCUCAUGUCCUGGCAUCUGUAUAGAGCGAGUUCACUCUCUUCAGGAUAUCGUCAGUCGUGCAGUCACGAGUUGCGAAGUCAGGCCGACGUUCUGGUGUAGAUCUUACGAGAAAUGCAAGGCGGCGCUGUUCCUGUCGUCCGAGGCGAAGAAGAAAGUGAAGCACGAGAGGCAGUUCUUGCUGAGGGCCCUGCGCUGCAUCUUACAAACGACAGACAUCGCGGUCUUCAUAGAUGUUUAGAGCUGAUGUUACCUAACAUGCUAGUUUCUGCUAUACUCCAUCGGUUGCUGGAACUGGCCAAAUACGUUGGUGGACACUGGCCAGAUUAACAUUGGUAAUCAACCAAUUGCAACGGACGAAUUAAGAGUUACAUCUCAGUCCCGCAACCACUUCCUUAUUUGGGCCGAUUUCAGCAACUUUCCUCAAUUCGACGGGAGAUCUGGUAAAGAGUACCAAAAUAUUGAGGGUGAUCUAGGCAGCCUCUC